AUGGGUAAGAAAAGUAGUAAGCUAAAACUAGAAACCCUGGAGGAUCUUAAGACAAAGACCAAAUUCAGUGACGCAGAAAUCCUAGAAUUUUACAGGGGAUUUAGAUUGGAAUGUCCAAGCGGGGAAUUGUCCAUAGAGGAAUUUCGCAAAUUAUACAGAGGUCUCUUCCCAAACGGGAAUGCAGAAAAAUUCGCCGAACACGUCUUUCGUGCUUUUGAUGAAAACAGAGAUGGAACUUUAGAUUUUCGAGAAAUUAUGUGUGCUCUUAGUGUGAGCUCGAGAGGGACAAUGGAAAACAAAGCAAGGAUGGCCUUUAAAAUCUACGACUUGGAUAGGGAUGGAUAUAUCACUGCACGUGAAAUGACGGAAAUCUUAAAGGCAAUGAGCAAGAUGACAAGCAAAACCAUGGAUCUGUCACCUGAAGAGAAAACAAGAGAAAUCUUUCUGAGACUGGACAAGAAUCAAGAUGGAAUCCUCUCCAUGUCAGAAUUCAUCCAGGGAGUGCAGACCGAUUCCUUUAUUAUGGAAAUUCUCACGUGUGCCUCCAAAACAGAUUGA